UAAGGUUAGCAUGUGUUGUUGGCGAAUCUUCUUCUCCUAUAUCAAACAAUCACAACAACCUUCAUGCGAACAAACGUGCCUCUCUACUAGAUACUCAGGAAUCAGUCGCUAAGCCAAAGAUUCUUUAAAGUUGCUACCGACACACAUCCCCCAUCUCUUAUCCUCGACAUCGCUUCUGCCAUGGCUUCCACCACCAACGUCCUCAUCUCCGGUGCCAGCCGAGGACUCGGAAAGGCUUUCGUCGAACAGUAUCUCGCCCGGCCAAACCACACUGUCAUCGGUACGGUCCGCGACGUCAAGAGCGCUGCAGCUGAGGAGCUGCGAGCGCUGCCCGCGGCUGAGGGCAGCAAGGUCGUACUGGUCAAGGUUGAGUACACCUCGACGACUGACGCCGUGGACGCUGUCAAGGAGCUCGAGGCACAGGGUAUCACCAAGCUCGAUAUAGUCAUCGCCAACGCCGGCAUCGCUGGCCAGCAAGGGCGAAUUGAGACCAUCGACCCCAAGGGCCUCGCAGAGGUCUACCUGGUCAAUGCCGUUGGCCCGGCCGUGCUCUUCCUGGCGCUGAAGCCGCUCCUCGACAGGGCCGAGACGCCCAAGUGGUUGGCCAUAAGCUCCGGUCUCGCGUCGCUCCACGAUCUGCACAAGUACCCCAUGUUCCCGGGGUUCCCGUACAACGGGUCCAAGGCGGCGUUGAACCACUUCACCAAGACCAUCCACGUUGAGAGUCCUAAAAUUAUCGCCUUUGCCGUUUCUCCUGGGUUCUUAGAGACCGACAUGGGACGCAAGACUGCCGCAUUUUUCGGCUUUGAGAACCCGCCCUUUUCGGACAUCAACACUAACAUUAAGAGCAUUAUCGGGCUGGUGGAUAAUGCGACUCGGGAGAACUAUUCUGGGCAGUUUCUCAAUUUCGAUGGACAGCUCAUUGAGUGGUGAGAGGCCAGUCUGAAGGACUAGUAUGCUAAUAGUCCUUAUCUACUGUUGUUAGGCAUUUCAGAUAACUAAAAUCUCUCUGUU